UUUAACUUUUUGAGGAACCACCAAACUGUUUUCUACAGCAGCUUCACCAUUUUACAUAACCACUGAAAUGCACAAGGUUUCCAAUUUGUUCACAUCCUGGCCAGCACUUUUCUUUUCUGUUUUCCUGAUAGUAACUACCCUAGCAGGUGUGAGGUGGUAUCCCAUUGAGGUUAGAGUGAGCUGAUCUUCCCAUCACCAUAUACCAAAGAUCCCAUCCUUUCUCAAUUGAUUUGUAGUGUCACCCGUAUCAUGUAUCAAGUUCCUAUAUAUACCUAUUUCUGUUUUGGAACCCCUAAUUUCUCUUUGAGUAGUUUGUCUGUCUAAUCCCUGCAGAGGCCCACACUCUUUUUAUUACUAAAUCUUUGUAGUAUGUCAUAAUAUUGUGAAAUCUAUGUCUUCCCUCUCUAUUUUUGAGGUUGAUCAGACCCACCCAUAACAUUUGUGAGGCCAGGGGUGAGAAUACAAAUGGAGGCUCACAUAUUAUAAGGAUAAAUGUCUAAAAGUAACAAAUCAAGGUAACUGUCAAAUAAUAUAUGAUGUGCCCUCCUACUUUGACAAAUAUAUUUCCACACAAAUCUACAAGGCAGACAGGUCCCAGCCCUGACCACACUGUGUUGUCAAUGUCUGUGUCAGCAUCCAGUAGAGCCUUUCCCUCCAAACAGGGUGCUUGCCAAUAGCAGAACCCAGGGCCGUUGCAGCUCCAUGAAGCCAGCUGCGCCUGCAUAGGGCCGGGCUCUGAGCAUGUGUUAGAGAAUGUCUGUGGAAUGCACGAAUGAAUGAGAAUCCAAUGGAGGAAAACUGUAGUAUAGAGAGUCUCCACUUUCCCCCACCCAGCCCCAGACGCAGGUUGGGACAGAUGUGGGCAGCCAGACAGAGAGCCUACGUGCACCAUGAGAGGUAGGAUAGUGUGGCACCUGAAUGCAGUCCCUGAAGCCAGGACAGCCUGGUGCAAAUCCUAGCUCCACCGCUUCCUGGCUGUUGCAACCUUGAGAAAGUUACUUAACCUCUCUGGGCCUCCAUCUCCCACUCUAUAAAACUGGGAUAACAAUUGUGCCUUGUGUUGGCUUAUUUCUCAUUCCACAAGUCAUAGGUAAGAAGUUUACAUGGCAUAAUACAAAAGCAUCCUGGCUUCUCUGAAGAAGUGGGCAGGUGUGGCCAUCUUCUGCUGGGGACCCCUGGGAGCUCAGACAGCAGCCUGACUCCCAGGGAUGGCCAAAAGGGACAGAGCAGAUCCCAGUUCAGGCAGACAGAGGCUCAGAGACGCCAGUGACUCCAGUGACCAGCACUGCCCUGGAGAAUUGGGGAAGUCCCCAGGGGGACUCUGAGUGGACUGGGUUAUGGAGGAAAGAGUGAGAGGGUUUCUCAGUGGAGGAGAGAACAUGGGAGCCUAGCAUUCAGUCUCGGUUAUUCGCCUCAAUCUAGUACUCUUGGAAAGACUCAGGAAAUGUAAUCAGCCCGGACUCUUCCUCCAAAACAGAAGCACUUUGAUUUAUAAUUCUACACAGUCAAUCAUCCAUCUUCUGCAUAUGAUCAUGUGAUCUUCCUUUUCAGAAAUAGAAGAAUGGAGGGCUGGAGCCUUUGAACUGGGCCUUGAUAACAUGCAGUCAACUUCUAGGCACACAAAAGGCUGGGAAGGGCUUCCCAAACAAACGGAACAGCAUGGCAAAGGCAGGGAGAUGGGAAAAAUAGUGAGCAUAAGAUGGGAGCUGUGACAGCCUCAUGUGGUUGCCACAAGAACAGGGCAGAGCAGUGAAAGAGGUCUAAUGUGAUCCCCCUCAGACAAGAUCAGGUGAGAGGUGGGAGAGGCAGGGGGUCGCAGGAGGAACGAAAGCAGGGACCAUUCAGCCCCUUCCACCUACGACAACACCGGGACCCUGAGAGGUGGCCGAGAGAGGUUGCCCAGCCAGCCAGAAUGGACGGCAGGACACAGUGCACCGACAGCCGCAGUGAAACAGUCCCGGGCCGAGUGAGCGUUGGGGGUGAGCUGCCUGGGACCGGCGCUGCUGUUGGCUGGCUACCGGGCCCGGGCAGGCGUCUGAGCCCCUCCAGCCCUCAGUCUCUUCCUCCACCAAGUGGUGGUCACAGGCCAUCUCUCGCUGUUCCCCACUCCUCCUUCGACGACAGCAGCACCGUGUCCAAGGGCUCCCCGCUCGCGGCCUGUGUCCCCAGAACCCCGCCCUUUUCAAACCUAGGAGGGGCCUCAUUUCUCUCCUCUUCUUGGCUGGCGUCCCCUCCCACCCGGGUGCCUUCAAAGCCGCCUCGCUCUCCAGGGGACCUGCCCUUCCCUGCUCCUGGAGUCCCCCAGUCCCAUCAUGCUCAGGGCCCCAAACCCUCCCAUGGCCCCCAAGGCUCCAAGGGCGUCCCCCUCCCCAGCCCACCAGACUCCUCCGGUUCCCCCGUAGGGACCGGCUUAGGCCAACAUGGACUGCACGUUUACUGAGCGCCUACUACGUGCAAAGCUCUGUUGGAGGCUGCAGAAUUCCCUGCUAGACUUGGGCUCCAGUUCCGCCUCCGCGUGUUUGGUUGUCAGAGCUCAAACGGGGCCCUUAGCUUCUCUGGGCCUCGACCUCCCCUUCUCACGCGCGGAGUCCCUACAUUCCCCGGGUGGCAAGAGAAGCGCAGCCAGGGUCCCCGGAGGAGGGAGGCGGCGCCCGAGGCAGAGCGAGGCCCAGCGCUCGCAUGGCCCGCAUGGCCAGGCCUCCUUGCCGGCCGCCAGGCCGCGGCCUUCCCCCGCCCGCGGGCUCCAGUGCCCGGCAGCUCCUGGCCCGGCUGGACGCGCGCCCCCUGGCGGCCCGAGCUGCGGCCGACGUGGCGGCGCUGGUGCGCAGGGCCGGCGCCACAUUGCGCCUGCGCCCCAAGGAGGCUGUUAGGGUGCUGGAUUCUGCAGACAUAGAGGUCACGGACAGUCGCCUGCCUAAUGUCACUUUCGUGGAACACCGGCCCCAGCAUAGGCGGUCAGAAACCUUGGGUACAUGUACCACGCCGUCCCAAGUGACCCAGGGUAAGGCACGUUGUACUUCGAAGCUACCGCAGGCCUCUGGUCAGUUCUGUGUGGAACUGGCCCGUGGUUCCACGGGCUUUGGCCUCACAUUAAGCGGAGGUCGUGAUGCAGCUGGAGACACUCCGCUGGCAGUGCGCGGGCUGCUGAAGGACGGGCCAGCAGAGCGCUGCGGUCAUUUGCAGGCUGGCGACCUCGUGCUCCUCAUCAACGGAGAAACAACUCAGGGCCUCACCCAUGCCCAGGUCGUGGAGCGGAUUCGCGGAGGCGGACCCCGGCUCCGGCUGGUGCUAAGCAGGCCUCUUGAGACACACCCCAGCAAGCCUGAGAGGGUGGGAAGGCCCCGGAAAGGCCAUGAUCGCAGCCCAGAUCCUGGGAGACCAGAGGUGAUGAGGUCUCACAGCGCCAGCCCAUCCCUGUUUCAGCACCCUCGAUCCCAUACCACGCCCAAAACCCGGGGCAGCCCGGAGCCUAGCCUAGAGCGGGCGGCCGACAGCUCCGCGGUUUCUCCUGACGACCGAACCCCGGGUUCCCCCGGACCCUGGCUGGUGCCGAGCGAGGAACGGCUCUCGCGUGCCCUAGGGGUUCCGGGGGCCGCGCAGCUCGCCCUGGAGAUGGCAGCCGGAAGGCGGAGGCACUGAGCAUGCAUCAGACGGCUCGGUGCUUACUUGGUACUGCCCAAACUGGAUCUGGUGUGCUCCGCCGGCCGCGCACUAGCAUGACGCGGAGAGCUUCCACUUGGUCUUGUCCCCCCGCCUGCUGCGCAGUCGACCAGCCCGCGCUCCCCUUGCGGCGUCAGUGGCACAGUCCUCCCGGACGGGCCAGCCCUGCGCUUCUUGUUUCGGGUGGGGGAGGUAAUAAAAUGGUUCGAUCCAG